AUGAUUGUGAUUCUUGUUUUAUCAUCCUACUUGUGUUGGAAUGGUGAAAAUUUAUUUUAUGUAACAGAAUUGCUUCUGGAGCUGAGACUUUGGAUUUUAAGACAAAAAAAUUUGUGUUUAAGAAUUGUUAUUAAAUAUAAAAAAUGUUUAUGGCAUAGUGACUCACAAAACAUAGCCUCGUCGAAAGUAUUUGGUAUUGAUAUUGAUGAAUAUGUAUUAGAUGAUGUUGAUAAUAGUUGUAUUGUACUUUGGAAAGAUGAUAAUGCAAAAUCAUUAAUACCGUCAUCAUUAUAA